CGAUGGGCCGGUUCGCCGGAGUCUCGGUGUCGCAGCUUAGUCAGUCCGGGCCCGACCGCCUAAGCUUCAACCGCCUGUCUCUCAGCCGCGCAAAGCCCAGUCCGUCGGCCCGGCUGUGGCUGUCCGAAACUACGCGAACCCGUCUUAGGCAAUCGGUGUUUUGUGAGAUCGCAAGUGCGGCGGUGCAGAAGUGAGCCGUGUGUUUUGUGAAACACGACGAGCCACCGCGAAACCGCGGCGCAGGGAACAGCGAAACGGCACCGGAUUGCUGUGCCGCACCUAAGAAUUCUUUCACCAACACAACGAAGUCGUCAGUCGAUUCCCACAGUUACAGAGGCUCCCAACGCUGCGGGGAGACGCGACCGCAUACCGCCGGGAGCGAGAAAGACGGAAACAUUGCCGGAGCGGCGGCCAUCAUGGUUUGACCGUUUCUCAGCCAAGGCGGCGGAGCCUGAGCUGUGCGAGCUACAGCUGCUGCCGAGAAGUGAACGAGACAGUGUAGUGUGCGUGAAGUAUAAGGAAACGGAAGAAUACGUCGAGUGUGAGGUACAAAGUUAUAAAAAGGACAUAAAUCGUUUGAAACAGUCUGCUACGUUUUUCAUCGAGAGUGCGGACAGAGAUUAUCUGCAUAAUCAAAAGUUUGUUUAUUAACCGAUCUCCGUGUAACCUAAAAAGAGGUGAGGCGGCGAGGGGUGGGGGUGGUGGGGGUGGGGAAAGGAUCGUGGCGCAAAAUGAGAGGCGCCAAUCAGGACAACGCUACACCUUACUGCCGGUGCAGGGUCCUGUACCUUGGGAGUUCGGUACCUCAUGCUAGUAAGGAGGGAUUGCUGGGGGUGCAGGAACCCUUGCGGGAAUUGUACCCGGAACAGGGAGCGCUGGGAGCGCGGGGGAUUGAUUCGUGGUUGAGCGUCUGGAGCAACGGUCUUCUGCUCGAGAACGUUGACGAGCACCGUAAGAAGAUAACUCGAUUCUUUCCGAUCGAGGCUCUGCACUACUGCGCAGCGGUUAGGCAUGUAAAAGGUGGGGGCGGCGGGGGCAGCGAGCCCUCGACUACGCGGUUUCUCCCCCUCGACUCGCCCUUCGCCAGAACACCGAGCGCCAACCACCCGCCCCUUUUUGCCGCCGUGCUGCGGCGGACCUCGGGAAUCAAGGUCCUCGAAUGUCACGCGUUUAUCUGCAAGCGCGACAUGGCGGCCAACGCCCUCGUUCGCUGCUGCUUCCACGCUUACGCCGACAGCAGCUACGCCAAGGGCCUCGACCCCGCCAACGUAGCCCCGGCGCCCCCGGCUGCCAGCAGCCUCUAUCACACCCUCGGUGGCUCGAGCACGACCCUCGACAGCCCGUCGCCGCCCCGCCUCGACGCGUCGACCGACGAUCUCAGCCUCUAUAACGGCAACGAGAACCACAAGGUCUGGGCUCGGGGUCGAGACGAGGUCGACGCCGUCUACCAGGAUCAGCAUGGCACGCUGAGGAGCACACGAGGCUCGCGACCCCGCCAGCUAGUCGCACCGCCACCGCCGCCUCCGCCACCGCCGCCUGCCCAGCCCCUCAUCCACGAGGAACUAGCCACCGCCAGGAGAAAGACUACCGCCAGCAGGAAACUGAAGAAGCGGAACCUCCGCGCUCACGAGGAACAACUCCUCCAGCACCAUCAAGUCUACGCCAACGGACACGGACAUCACACCCUCGGGCACCCCGUCCGGCAGCAUUUCCACCACCCGCAUCACUCGGUUCCGCAGAGCAGCCGAUCCGUCGCCGGGACCCUCGGCAGACCCGCGCCUGUUCUCCUGGUCCCCGCGGCGACCUUGCCGAGAAAGGCUCACCACGCGCAUCCCCGUGGCGUAAGGCCCAUUCCCACCGCAACACCGAUCGUGCCGAUUUACGCCCCGCUUCCUGUGCCGCCCCAGGCCGCCAUGUACGGCGACGUACGAUCGUACGGCACCAUGAGGAACCGCGGGGCCCGACGGCAUCCGGAACCCGACAAUUCGACUCUGGGAACGGCUAGAAGGCUCGCAGCUUCUCACGCCGACUUGACCGCCCCUGAUCCGCAGCCCCAGGACAACGCGGAGACAGAGUCGCGGUUCGGGACUGGGAUUUAUCGCCGGAAGGGACACCUUAACGAACGGGCUUUUUCCUACAGCAUUCGCGCCGAACAUCGGAGUCGCAGUCACGGCAGCCUCGCGUCCCUCGGUUUCAGCGCUCAAAACGGCACCACUUUGCCCAAGGAGGACAAAAAGGAUCGUGAAAUCGCCCAGCUUGUUGCCGGGCUGAAUUUGGACGACAGUCCUGAGAAGGGGGGCCACCAUCAGAACUCCCCAGGGCCGUAUUCUAGGGGCGUACCUGGCCCCGCUUCACAUCCUCAGCCCCAACCAAGGCCAAGGCCUCGUUAGCACAUAUUUGCAGAAAUUGUGCAGCCGAGCUGAUUGUAGACUCGAUCCGACCAUGUAUCGUUAAGGGGAUGUGUCGGAGUGCCGGAGAUGUGAUAGCUGACCGUAUUUCGUUACACUUUUUUACUCUCCGGAGUGACGAAACAGUUUCAAACUUUGGAAAAUGAUGUCAUUUGUUGUCGCGCUUACAGUGUACUCGUUGAGAAUAAUGCCGCGGAUUGAUGUCGAAAUACGAAAAAUAUGGAAUUUACUUAUUACCGGCGUCCAUAACUUCAAAGCGAGUAAAAAUCUGCUGCAAGUAUUAUAUAUUCAUUGUGGUUUCGUUAAUUUUUUUUAAACUUUUCUCAAUUACCGCACAGGCACAACUGCUGCAAAUACCAUCAUUCAUCCAAGUUUCUAAGGAUUUCAUAACCUAUUCUGGAGAGAAAAGAGGUUUAAAAUACGAUUCGCUCACUACGUCGGCACUUCGUAAUAAGCACUUGUUCUAUCUCGAGGCAAAGUGAUACGCGAUUCCUGUUUUCAUCAUCGACGCGUAAUCAACACUCGUGUACAUACAAACAUCAUGGACGGUUUGUUCUCGUCUUCGUUGGAUGACGUCAAUCAAACUCGUCGUGUCAUCGCGUAUUCGUUUAACGCAGCGUUAGAAUAUACAAGGUUGAAAUUUGAAACCUUAAAAACUCGAUAAUUCGCGAUUUUAGAAUUAUAUGAGAUUCAAUUCAGUGUUAUAACGUGAAGCAUGCUCGUAUAGUUCUGCAAUUGAAAGUCCUUCAAAGGCAAGUUAAGGUUACAAAAUAUCGUUUUUUCCUCGAUAGUUUGUUACUUUAACUUAUAUUACAAACUUUAACCUUGUGUUAGAAUUCCAUUAAAAUAUCUUUCCCGUGAGCAAGACAACGAAUAACUAAAGCUGUGAGUUGAGUACCGUUACGUAAUGUUUAGUCAACGCCACUGGGUGCGGUGUGGCCCAAGAACGUGGUGCAUUGUUUGGUUCAAAUAAUUAUACAUCGAAUUCGCAGAGUCUAUUGUAUUGCUAAUAUUGUAACAAGUAUGUCUUGAUAUUCUUCUUCAACGCUUUAUGCGGUACAAAGACCAGCGCCGGAGAACUACGAAUACAAUAUACGCAUUACACAGUGUGUGUAUGAUUAUUAUAAAAUAAACGAUUCAAUAAAAACGAUCAUGUGAUAGCAUCGUGAUGCGUCUUCUUCUUUAGUCAAUGCCGCUGCAGCGUACACGUCAUGCUACAUGAUAAUUAUUAUCGUGUCUAGGUAAAUCAUGCAGGUUCUCCAUUUUCUUUUUUUAAAUUCUCACAUUCGUAAGCACUUUUAAGCCACUAAAGAACGUUCACUCUUAAUUAGAAUACACUAUUUUACUCUAAUUCAAUCGGCCGAAACGUACCUAAUCUAGAGAAGAAAAAGAAACUUCAAUCAAUCGUUGAUUUUUCAAUUGCAAAACUGACUGCGUUCACUUGUAAAUAAAAUAUUUCAUACGUACAACGUAUUUGGUUAGUAAGAUAUAUCGUAAGUAGUAUUUGAACAUGAAACACGAUUCCAUCUGUUAUAAUAUUUGCACAGUGAAACACGCAACCGUUUGGUAAUUUUGUCAGUCGGAUAAAAAUACCGAUUUUAUAAUGUAAUACCGAUAACUCGAGUCUGCAUGCCACGAGAUGUUAGUAAGUUGUGCAUUCCUGUUCUAGAUAUUAUUACAAGAAAUUCAUGCUAGUCGUUGUAUUUCACACUCGCUCGCAUCCGAUGCCAAUCGGUUGCGGCACCCUGCAAUUAUUGGUCUGAAACACGCGUUACGCUGCAGACGAAAGAACUAUUCAAGAUUGCGUGCAUUCGUCCGUGGAUGUUGCAAUUACACCCGUUAAUAGUCGGAGAGGGUAUACCUCGAAGUAAAUUGCUAAUUGCAAAAUUUACCAUGUCUUUAAUCGCAUCGCUUCGACCAUUAGUUAGAAAAAUAACAGAUGAUUGAUAACCGACCUGACCAUAAUUCAAAUGAAUGAAUUACAAAUACUUUCGGAAAUUUUCGUCCGCAAUGAAAUCCACUUGUGCCAAAAUUUCAGCUCUGAAAUUCAGUCCCCGCACGAUUCUAUUCGGUACAAAAUAUUCCGGAACGAAGAGUGUGGGAUUUCACUAGAUGUAAUUUGCAUGACAAUGUGAUUUUGAAUUCAGCACGUUUGCAGAAACGGAACGCUCGGCACAUUCUAAUAUCGUCAACAGUAACGAAAGGAAUUCUUUGAAGCGGCGAGAUUACUAUUUCUGUAAAGUCUAUUUUGAAAAUCGAAUGUGGACUGUUAAUUCGCCGAUAGAACGGUGACAUUUAUAAGCAACACAUGGCAAAGUCGUUCGUUCGCAAAAUACCCGUUCGAUUUACCGUUCAAAUUCACUUCAGGUAAUACGAAAAGGAAGUUACGUGACGAGUACAAACAGUCCUAUAUUAUUUACUAUUCGGUAUGUCGGUUAUCUUUUUUCUGCCCCACUCCCGGAGUCAAUGACUUUCAAGUAAGGUUCGAGCAUUAACGUCAAGCUCCGUUAGGCAAACGGAUUCUACGGCAACCAUAUUCUCACUAUGGUUGAGGCUAGGCCGCGAUAUGAAUAUAGAAACUGCUUGGCAGGCCAGGUAAAAACUUCUUGAACCCUUAGCUCCAGGGUACCUUGAGGCGUUUUAGUUCUGUGCUUCCGCGCGAAGAUGAAUAUUCCGCCAUUUUUCUACUCUCUGCAAACUUUCUUCAAUUUCUUGACAAGCGUAUCGACAUCGAAUUCCGAUCGACAAGAUAUGUUCGGUGAGUUCUAAUUACUUGAACGUAAAUUGUGACGAUAUUUAUGUCUUCCCGAAAACUCAUGAAAUAUGAAUUAUGAAAAACCUUGUGCGUAAUAUUUUAUUCCAAUAUUAAAUAUUAAGGUUAUUGUUGUGCCUGUAGAAUAUAUUUUUGCUGUUACUUUUCUCGCAGAAAUUACGAUCUUAUAUACAUCGAAGUAGUUAUGCUUUAUUAGUAUGUAACUAUCUUCACUAAAUUUUUUUUUUAUAUAUAUUUAUAUAUAUAUAUACAUAUAUAUACGAAUAGGCAUCAAUAAAUAUAAAUACAUAACUUACAUAAUAUAAUAUAUCUAUGUAUAAUAGUAAUGCCGUAAUAUUCUCGUUACAUGUGUUAGAGCGUGCACCGAUAGGAAUGUGCCAUCCAGUAUGCGAAAAAGACUCAUCUAAUAAUGUUAUCUAAAGGAAUAAUAAUAACAACAAAAAUAAUAACAAUUAUAAUAACAAAGUUAACCGUAAUAAUUACACUAAUAAUAAUGAUUGUAUAUGUGAAUAUAUUAUUAUACAUGCGUGUUAUGCAGGUAAUAAAGAGACAAUAAUAAACGUAUAGUAUACAAA